CGGCCACUUCAGAAGCUGAAAAUUUGUAUAGCAAUUUCAUCGGUGAUUCAAUUUUUUUUCAAUUCUCAAAGCCAAAUUCCGUUUCCCAGAGCUGUUCGAGUGUGAAUUGAAUCGGAUUCUGACUGUUCUUCCCGUUCUUCUCGCCAUGUCUUCCAGAUUCUUCGGCGCCUCUCUUUCCCGCUCUUCAACGCUCCACCCAAAAUUCCACAACCCUAAUUCCCUUCCCAAUUUCCCCAAAUCCAAACCCAUUCAAUCAUUCCCUCUAACCCCACUAUCGUUCUCCUCCAUUUCCGAAAUGGGCGAUGCCCGAAGACCGAUUUCCGCUACUAUUCCCCCGCCCGACAAAGCCGACCGAUCGGAAUUGCUUCGAUCCCUCGAGUUUUCACUUGGUUCCUCGUUUAGCUCGGAGCCAUUGGUGCCGAAUCCGAGCCCCUUAAUUAUCGUGAUCAGUGGCCCUAGUGGGGUGGGUAAGGACGCUGUGAUUAAACGAUUGAGAGAGGUCCGAGAAGGGCUCCAUUUCGUCGUCACGGCAACAAGCCGACCGAUCCGACCUGGUGAAGUAGAUGGGAAGGACUAUUAUUUCGUCUCUAAGGAAGAGUUUCUCGCCUUGAUCGAGAGGAACGAGCUUCUGGAAUACGCGUUAGUAUAUGGAGAUUACAAGGGCAUUCCCAAAAGGCAAAUCCGGGACUUCAUGGCAAAAGGGUAUGAUAUUGUGUUGAGAGUUGACAUUCAAGGGGCUGAGACAUUGAGGAAAAUUCUUGGGAAUUCUGCUGUUUUUGUGUUUUUAAUGGCGGAGAAUGAACUUAAACUAGUGGAGAGGUUGAUCAAUAGGAAGACGGAGACGAAAGAGUCAUUGAUGGUGAGAGUUGCAACAGCUAGAGAGGAAGUCAAGCAUGUUAACAACUUUGAUUAUGUGGUUGUGAAUGCAGAAGGGAAGCUGGAGAGUGCUGUUAAGCUGGUGGAAUCCAUUAUUGAUGCCGAGAAAGCAAAGGUCUGGCAGAGAAAUGCUGUCGUUUAGAUUGAGAUUUUGAGACAUCAUUUUGCAAGGUAUGAUUAUCCUCACUUGAAAAAGGCGAAGGCUGAUUUCAACUACAUACGUCGGGUCUUGCUCGUACCGACAUUCACAGUUUUAUUUUUCAUUCUAAUACCCAAACGAAGGUUGAACUCGAACCUAUAUGAAGUUCAGAUUAGUCUUGGCAGUUGAACAAUAAUCUCAGGCAGCAUAGAGAGGACUCGCUGCUCCAGGAAGGUAUGCAUUUAUCAGUGUACCAUGGUAAUGCUAAUAAACUUUACACGUCCAACAUGGGUUUGUAGCAAUUAUGAUCCGAACUGAAAUGACAAUAAAGUUCUACCUUUCUGGGGCUUCUG